CUUUCGACAGAUGCAACUGAAACGCUGUCAGUCGGUGUGUUUAUCUGAGCAGAUAUUAUCCAGUUGGAGGGUGUAACCACCAACUGGCAGCUACCAUUAGCAUGGUUUUUGCUGCUCUCCCUAGUUGAUUAACUGACGCAUGUCGAGCUAACGUUAACUUUAUCUGUUAAUGUCAUUAUCGUGGCACAGUUUGGUAGCCUAAUCAGCUCUUAGUUCAAUGUUCUGUGCUGCAAGUUUAGCUAACUGCUCUGAGGUUAGCUUACGAUUUUGUUGCUUUGCUACUAGCUAGGGGAGGCUAGUGAUGUCAACAAACAUGGCAACUUUCUCAGCUCAGAACUGGGACGGGCCUCUCUGUGGUCUGUCUGACUAAUGCACAGUUUGAGAGGAUGUUUGACUCCUCAGCUUACUCAAGCAAAGCGGGAUCGUGCACCUUCAGCCAUGCCUGUGACGUCUCAGCUGCUCAGGAGUCUGCCCCGUACAAAAGUGUUGGCCUCCGGUCUGCUGCCAUGCCAACAACACCAUUCCCAGUUAGCACCCACCAGUCAUCGACCCGCCUCAAGAUGGCCCCCUCACACAUGGCAGAGCCACCAACACUCAAGAAGUUACCAGACAACCUCAGCGCUCCGCAGCUACAUCCUCACACCACCACAGGUCAACUCUAUUCUGAAAGCCAACGAGUACAGCUUCAAGGUGCCAGAAUUUGAUGGGAAGAAUGUGUCCUCGGUGAUGGGUUUCGAGAGUAACCAGCUGCCAGCAAACGCUCCGAUAGAAGAUCGUCGAAGUGCAGCCACCUGCCUGCAGACACGAGGAAUGCUGCUGGGUGUGUUUGAUGGCCAUGCUGGCUGCGCCUGUGCACAGGCGCUGAGUGAGAGGUUGUUUUAUUACAUAGCAGUGUCUCUGCUGCCCCACAACACACUGUGUGAGCUGGAGGCAGCAGUGGAAUCCGGCAGGCCCCUCAGUCCCAUCCUGCAGUGGCACAAACACCCCAACGACUACUUCAGCAGGGAGGCCCAGACUCUCUACUUCAACAGCCUCCGAACCUACUGGCAGGAGUUAAUAGAUCUCACCAGCCCAGGCGAAGUCCCAGACACCCGCGAGGCGCUGAUGAACGCCUUCAAGAGGCUGGACAACGACAUCUCACUGGAGGCUCAGGUUGGAGACCCAAAUGCUUUCCUGCACUACUGGGUCCUGAGAGUGGCCUUCUCUGGAGCUACAGCCUGCGUGGCUCACAUCGAUGGCUCAGACCUGUUUAUAGCCAAUGCAGGAGACGCUCGGGCAGUGUUGGGGGUGCAGGAGGAGGACGGUUCAUUCACUGCUCACACUCUCUCUAAUGACCACAGCGCCCAGAACGAUGACGAGAUGGCUCGGAUACGAGGCGAACACCCUCCAUCAGAGAGGAAGACGGUUAUACGACAGGACCGGCUGCUGGGCCUCCUCAUGCCGUUCCGUGCAUUUGGAGAUGUGAAGUUCAAGUGGAGUAUUGAACUGCAGAAGUGUGUGUUGGAGUCCGGACCCGAUCAGCUCCAUGAAAACGAGCACACCAAGUUCAUCCCUCCAAACUACCACACGCCCCCCUACCUGACCGCAGAGCCCGAGAUCACGUACCACAAGCUGCGGCCACAAGAUCGCUUUCUGGUUAUUGGCUCUGACGGUCUCUGGGAGACCCUCCACAGACAGGAAGUGGUUCGUAUUGUCGGGGAGUAUUUGACAGGCGUGCACCAGCGUCAGCCACUCAAAGUCGGAGGCUACAAGGUCACCCUGGGACAGAUGCAAGGGCUGCUCGAGGAGAGAAAGGCUCGUGUGUCAUCAGCUUUUGAGGAUCAGAACUCAGCGACCCACCUGAUGCGCCACGCGGUGGGAAACAAUGAGUUUGGCACGGUCGACCACGAGAGGCUUUCAAAAAUGCUGUCGCUGCCCGAAGAGCUGGCUCGCAUGUACCGCGAUGACAUCACCAUUAUCAUCUCUCAGUUCAACCCUCAUGUGAUCGGAGCACAGAGACAAGAAGGGCAGUCCUGAGCCGUACAACAAGGCAAUCAGUGGUGUUGUACUGAGGAGUACACGCACUAACUGUGCACCUCAGAUCUACACACAAGCACACUCUGUGGACAAACAGGCCAUAUUAUGAAAAUAUCUGUCCAGCAGUCAGAAAAAAAUGUUUUAACUCUAUUUAUGUAAAGAGUUUGUACGUUUGUAUGCAGUGCAGAUUAUCCGGUUCCCUAUGAAGUUCAAAGAUCUUCACUGGAUCGAAGCCUCUUAUAUAACUUUAUUUAUGCUGCAAUCAUCCUCUGGCGACUGUUUCAUACACACUUCUUUUCUGCGUGGCUGAGACGCUGUUACAAACUUACUUUUGUGCCAAAAAUUCAACCCCCUCGUCUGCUGAAGGACUCAGCGGGGAUGAAUUCAUAGAGAUUCCAAAGAGGGUGAAGGUCGGGACUUUACAAGUAAAGAGUUGCUGCAGCACUGACUCGACCUGCUUCUCUGAUAUGGACUCUAACUGGGCUGUACCGUUAUAACACCAACUCUCUCUUCCUCUGCCGUCUGGGUUGGUUAUUGGCAUCCCAGGUACAGUCUUUCUCACUUUUUAGGCUCUUCCUGCAUCUGUUACGACAGAGGACUGUUGCAUCUGUUUGUUUUUACACCUUUGUGUUCUAAGCGCUGUCCAAACAUUCACAUUUCCUUCAGUGUUUCUGUGAUAUUUGAAUGAUGAUGUUUGCUCCAGCACACUGGAUUUCAAGUAAACCCAGCUGCCCUCUAGUGGAGAUAUCAUCCAUGCCAAGGUAAAGGACGCAUGGAAGUAUGUGAGCAGUUACAGUUACAUCGUUUGAAAUGGACAUAUCUUUUUUGUAUGUAAAGGUAGUAUAAAUGAGGCUUACAUUCGACACACUGGUGCUGUAAGUGCUCACUUUGAGCUUUCAAUUGUUUACGUCCAUACUGGGUGACGAGAUCAGACUGUAGAAUUAAAGUUGAAAGUAAACACUCAUAGUGUAGUGGUUAUCAUCCUUUGUGGUGCCCAAUAAUGAGUCCCGAUAUACAUUUCAGGGUUACAAGACAACUAUAGGGAAGAGAGAGAAUUUUUUAAUCUAUUGCAAUUAAAUCUAAAAGCUCUCAAAUUGAACAAUUUUAAUACUGAAAUAGACAUUUCUUUAGUUUAAAGGGCCACAAGUCAAAAAGGUUUUAUUUCAAAUCUAAUAUGCAGGAGCACAGAGCAAAACAAAUAUUUACAGACUGCACAGUAACAGGUUUGCACCACUACUUUAACAGUAAUAAUUAAGUGAAUUAAUCUCCAUAUAUAAAACAGCACCACUUUGGCUAGAGUGGCAGAAGUAGAUUCAGAGUCAGUGUGUCUCUGAAUGAAAUGAAAGUUUGUAGUUCUUUUCCUUCCAAGCUGUGUGGGGCUAAAAGGGACUCUUGUUACCGGUUCAUCUUGCUUUAUGUUGUUUUGUUCUGAAAGGUCAUUAGCAGUUUGCGUAACAGGUUGUGACAGUUUGGGUUUUUAUUCCUCCUGGUGAAAGCAGAAGUACUCUCCUAAUACUCUCCAGGUAAACACUAAUACCAGGGAUGUAGCUGUGUGUUCAGGUGUAUUUCAGCCCAAAUGAAUGAGCAGAAUGUAAAUUUGAAAGAAGUUGUUUGAAUAUUAUAGAUUAUUUAUUCAGCUUUUGCAGUAUGUUACACGUCUUUAUCUGCGUAUGUAUAAAUUGUAACUUAUGUGGGUUAAGUUUUAUAUAUGGAAUGGUUUAAUAAAACACUGAAUUCACA